GAUGUGCACAGAUUUUAGUUAAUUCCUAUUCAGCUCCAGAUGUCCCUGGACAGGCAAAGUCAUGGUUCUGCAGGGGUUAAGUGGGCUGCAAGAACGUGAGGAAAACAAAGAGGCUGGUCUUAAGCAAGGAAGUGGGUCAUGUCCUGCCUGAGGAGGAGUAGAGAGCCAUGGGGAGUACAAGGGAGGCAGCUACCUUUCUGGUGGGGACAGUGGAAGGCGGUUGCUCCCGGGAUUUGCAGCUUGAGGGCAUUCUGCCUUUGGCAAGUAUCAGAAAAGGAUGGCAAGGAUCCUGAUUAUGUUAGUGAGUCUGCUCAGCAGCUCAUUGGUUUGCAGUGCUGAGCCAUCAUCCUACAGCGACACGAGUGUUGUCUUCCGAAUGACGAAGCCAGCUGUACUAGUGCUCAAUGAGAAAACUGCUCAUGUCGUACAGACAGCCUUCCAGCAUGCAGACUACCCAGACAUCAAGGGGGAGAAGUCUGUCCGGUUUCUUGGGAAGAUUGCCUAUGGAUUGAAAAACAUCCAUAUUGGAGAACUGACCAUAGAAAACACCACAGUUGACCUCAAGGAGGACGACGCCAUCAACAUCGGAAUUCAGAAUGUUUCUGCUUCCUUCCAAGGAACCCUCAGCUAUGGCUACGUGGGUGGCUGGCUGGUGAAGCUCAUCCAUUCUAUUGACUUCGAAAUUGAGUCAUCCAUUGAUCUGCAGAUAAACGUUAAAUUGUUGUCGGAUGAUGGGCGUGUGAUAGUGGACACCUCGGACUGUUACCUGACUUUCCACAAGCUGACCCUGCAUCUACAAGGAGACAAAGACCCAGGAUGGCUAAAACAGCUUUUUACAAACUUCAUCUCGUUUACCUUGAAGCUCGUUCUCAAAAACCAGGUGUGUAAAGAAAUUAACUAUAUUUCUCAGCUACUGGCAGAUUAUGUGCAUGAGACAUCAGCCAACUUCCUUAAAGAUGGGGAUAUCGGAGUAGAUAUUUCUGUGACCGCAUCUCUGGCAAUCAAAGCAAAUUACAUAGAAUCGUACCACAAGGGCCUCGUCGUGUACCAGAACCAUUCAGGCAUCUUCCAUGACUCUGCCUUCACACCGUCUCUGCUGACUGAUUCCAAAAUGGUCUAUUUCUGGUUUUCAGACCAAGUCCUCAAUUCUGUGGCCUUGGCAGCUUUUCUAGAUAAGCGCCUGGAGUUAACACUCGCAGGGGAAAAAUUAAAGGAAAUGUUUGAAAUUGAAGAGCUGAAAACUCAGCAGGAGAUUGUGCAAAAGAUUUUUCGGGGUGCCUCCUACAACGACUCCCUGGCUAAGGUGUGGAGCCUUGACCCUCCUCAGAUUAUCCUCCAGCCCGAAGGAACCAUUGUGAAGUCAUCUGUGGCUGUGGAACUCAGUGUUCCUCUGCAAGGCGAAGGUCCCCCCUCUGUAGCUUUGUAUUUCGAAAAGGAAGUCACCGUCACAGUCCAAGCUUCGUAUAUGCAAAAAAACCUAUACCUACAUCACUCCGAGGCCAUGAUAGAGAUCAAAAAGCUUAAACGUGCCGCGCAUAUAGCUGUGAAUGAUGAAACUCUAAUGCACAUUUUGGAGAAAAUCGUCUCAGUUGCCGGGAUCCCAGAAGUGGUAUCAAGAUUUGAGAGGAACAUAAGUUCCCUGUUGAGCAGCAAAGGACUCAACCAUUUCGACAUCAUUGAUCCUGAGAUAGUAACCAAAAAGGGACACUUAAUUCUCCAGAUGGACUUUGGCUUCCCACACCAUUUGCUUGCAGAGUUUCUGAAGACUACUUUGUAGAAGGAAGAGGAGAAAGAAAAAUAAAGGUGAUCCAGGUGUAUGAGCAAUCUGGAUGCCCAAGAGAGCUGGUGAUCCAUUUACAUCCAUCUCCUUCCCUGUGAUCCCAGAUGGAUUUCCUGCCAGGACUGAGGCUCUGUCUGCAAGUUUUCUCCUUGACUGUCUCCUGCAGGAUAAACUCUCUUGGAAAAGCUCUGGGAAUCCCUGGCUCUUAGUGUGACAAGAAGCUGAGUCUCCACAGCUGGAGCACAGUGCUUCAAAAAGGGAUCAACACCCUCCCUACAGUGUUGAGCCCAUCUAUAUUGGAUGUGUGAUGGCUUUGAUCAGCUUACUCCAACCAGGACAACAGCUCCCACAGGGGGAAAGCAUGAGCCUGGCUUGCUGGCUUCCAUUUUCAUGACGCCCCCAAACCCCAUUUGGGAGUCAGUUUAUGUGCAUUGCUUAACUGCCACAAUGACAGCAAGCUUUAGGAAAUGGCCUCGAUAAUCUUGUCACUAUGCACCUGAGUGUCUUGCCUUCUCAGACCACUCUGGGUCAGAGAAAGGACACCUUUCCACCAAAUUCUGGAAAACUUUAUUUCUUUUUUCAUUUGAAUGCCAUGUGCUUCUUUCGUUUCCUAAAAAUAAACCUGGUUUUCUGUUUUACUGCA